GGUGUUAAAGCGUUAGCAUUAGGAUUUAGCCGCGGUGCCGGAAACUGUGCUGGAUUUCACUGCUCUUUUCGUUUAGAUUUUUUUUAAAUGUUUCCUACCCGGGUUUUACCAAUUCGGACCCUGACUCUAGAGCUUUUCCCGCGAUGGAACACCUAGCUGCUGCUAAUCUCGCCAACGGCUGAGGAUGGCAGUCCAGAAGGAGAACUCCUGGUCAGAGGAGCUCUCCUUACAGGUGUGAAAUUUUCGGCUCCUGCAUUGAUUAUUGCCAGUGGAUACAGUACACAAUGGGAAGGAUCAGUAUUUCCUGCUUGUUUCCAGCAUCAUGGCACUUCAGUUUUUCUCCUGCCGUGUUUCCCCGCUUCAUGCUCCCCUCCUUCAGGCAGCUCCUCGUGCUCGGGUCAGUGGUGGUGGUUGCUGGUCUUUUCUACCUGCUGCUGGUCACAGGCAAAGGCCACAACAUCUGGCUCCAAAACAAGCACUAUCAUAGGCGCUUGUCACGAGUGACAGAUGUGGAGGCCACUGACACGAGUAAUCCCAAUCUGAACUACGGUGUGGUGGUGGACUGUGGAAGCAGCGGCUCGCGCGUGUUUGUGUACACUUGGCCUCGCCACAACGGAAACCCUCACGACCUGCUGGACAUCCGGCAAAUGAGAGACCAGAACCGCAAGCCGGUUGUCAUGAAAAUCAAACCAGGUAUUUCUGAAUAUGCAACAACACCAGGAAAAGCCAGUGAUUACAUGUACCCUCUACUAAGCUUUGCUGCUGAACACAUCCCCAAGGCCAAGCACCAGGAAACCCCUUUAUACAUACUGUGCACUGCAGGCAUGAGGGUUCUGCCUGAGAGUCAGCAGGAAGCUUUACUUGAGGAUUUGCGAACUGACAUUCCUGUGAAUUUCAACUUCCUCUUUUCCGACUCGCACGUGGAAGUCAUUUCAGGAAAGCAGGAGGGUGUGUAUGCAUGGAUUGGGAUUAACUUUGUGCUGGGAAGGUUCAACCACGUCGAUGAUGAUGACGAUGAAGUGGUGGAGGUGCAGGUUCCAGGCGGAGACCAGCAGGAGACGUUGGUGCGCAGACGCACGGCCGGAGUGUUGGACAUGGGCGGUGUCUCCACUCAGAUAGCAUACGAAGUGCCCAAAACUGUAAGCUUUGCUUCCCAAAAACAGGAAGAGGUGGCGAAGAAUUUGCUGGCGGAGUUUAACCUCGGCUGCGACGCUCAUCGUACUGAACAUGUCUACCGUGUAUAUGUUUCGACAUUCCUGGGGUUUGGUGGAAAUGCAGCACGCCAGAGAUACGAGGAAAACCUCAUCAGCAACACUCGCCUCCAAAACAAACUGCUGGAUCAGCAUCGUGGUGAGACCCCCGACUCCCCUGUCCUCGACCCGUGCCUGCCCUCGGACCUCCAGGACGAGGUGGGACCCACCGGUCAGAAGCUACACCUGCGCGGGACUGGAGAUUUCGAACAGUGUCGUCUGCAGCUGCAGCCCUUCCUCAACCGCACCAACGAGACCAGCACCUCUCUGAACGGCGUCUACCAGGCCCCCAUCAACUUCCGCAACAGCCAGUUCUAUGGCUUCUCCGAGUUUUAUUACUGCACGGAGGAUGUGCUGCGCAUGGGCGGAGAUUACAACUCCUCCAAAUAUGCCAAUGCUGCAAAGGACUACUGCGCUACCCAGUGGAGGAUUUUGAGAGAACGUUUUGACCGUGGCCUUUAUGCCUCUCACGCAGACUUGCACAGGCUGAAGUACCAGUGUUUUAAAUCAGCAUGGGUGUAUGAGGUGUUCCAUUCCGGGUUCUCCUUCCCUGUGGGCUAUGAGAACCUUAAAACGGCUCUGCUUGUCUACGAAAAAGAGGUGCAGUGGACUCUGGGAGCCAUUUUGUACCGCACACGCUUCCUACCUCUAAGGGACAUCCAGCAGGAGAGUCUGAGGGGCUCACACUCACACUGGCAUCGUGGCUUCACGUUCAUGAACAAUCAUUAUCUCUUCCUUGCCUGCUUCAUGGUGGUGCUCCUUUCUAUCAUGCUGUACCUGCUCCGCCUGAGACGCAUCCACCGCAGAGCGGCUCUGAACAGAGGCCCUUCUGUCCAAUGGCUGGAGGAAGGGCUAGGCUCUAAAGACCUUCCUGUCACCUUAUAGGACAUGAACACAUCAAAUAGCUGGGAAGGCACUUGAACUUUUUUUAUUUAUAUGUUGUAGAGUCUGAGUCCCGGAAAUCCCACAUGAAGGAGGAGCUUUUUUUUUUUUUGGGCCAUCCAUCCUUCAUGAUUUCUAAAGUGCUGGUCUAGACUGAAUUUUGACCUCUCUUUCUUCCCAGGCCCCCCUACAUUUAGGAACGAUCCUCAUUCAUUCUUAUGUUGAUUAAAUAACCAUGAAUGGUUGAAAGCCCAGUGGAAACAGCUUUUCAGUGCAAUCGUUCUUCAUUGCCACUGCUCCAGAGUGCCUUCCAGGCAGGAAGUCACCCGUUCGGUUCGGCUACGAAGCUCAGAAAGUGAAAGACGAACAUCUGCUGCCUUUAAACAUUGUUAAUGUGAAAAGUGCUGAAUGUGAGGUUAGCAUGAGUUUUCAGUGUACACUCUCACGCCAUUGAUCAGAGGCCCUGUCCACAUUUCUACAGAUAUUUUUACACCUCCGUUUUCAGAACAACCCAGUAGGUGGCAGUAGUGUAUCAAAAACUUGCCUCAAGAGCAUGUAAUUGGUAAAGAAGGUGAAAUGUAGGAAAACACCAUCACAAUGAUUUAAACAGAAGUCCAAAGCCUAUGUUUUGGAAAAUAUCCUUGUAAUCAGGACAGGGCCUUAUUUUCUCUCUGACAGGAUAAAUGUCAGCUGCCCCACAGCCUUGUGUAAUUUGGACAAAUUGUAGAGGAGGCAUAGCAUUAUAUUCAUAUCAUGGCCAGUUUAUAGAGCUUGAUUUUGUCAUGUCAGAGGUGUUUAGAAUUGAGGAGCUGGGGUUAAAUUUGAUCAGCUGAUUGCAAUACAAAGCCAAUAGUUUGUUAAAGUCUUCGGCACUGUGUGAGGCUUGGUGUUGAGCUAACCAGCUACUGAAAUUUGUUUUUUUUCCAGCAGUCAUGAUUUGUAAUAAUAACUCUAGAUCAUGAUUCUGUUUAUGAGAAGUAUUUGCUGAUCACCCAGAGGACAGAAAGGUAAUGAGUCUGUGUUAUUUUUUUUAAUUCUUAUUUUUCAGAAAUACAUUUGAUAAAUACAACCUUCACCUACAAAGUCACACAGACUUCACACUCCAUCACGUUUUUUACAUUUUCCCCUUUGACUUUUUUGCAAAUCCGAAAUUAACUCACGUGAUCAUCCUCCUCACCUUUAAUUCAUUCCCUUCAGAAAGAAACGCGUACGAAUAACCGGUGUACGUCCGUGUGUGAAUGCGGUAUUGAGAGUACUAGUCACGGUAAUAGUAUUUGAACUGUUUUGUAGAGGACACUGUAUUACUAUUUAUUUGAUUCUCUCCUUGGACUCUUGGACAGGAAACCAGGGAGCGGUCCUUUUCUAGCUUUAUUAGCUCAGUGUUUUAGCAGCUUUCCUUUUUUUUUUCUUUUCUUUUCUUUCUUUAAUGCUGUAUUUCGUGCCAGUCUUGUAAUUCUUUUUCUUUUCUUUUCUUUUUUUUUAAGGAGUUAUUUAAUAGUAAUUCAAUGAUGGGUGUACAUUUUUCAGUCUCAAUAGAAGUAUGGAAAGAAGCAGUGCAAUAUUUAUGUGAAAAAGAACACACAGAUAUUUCCUUUCCCCGUAUAGAGUUGCACUCAGAUGCCAGGGGUUUCUAGAGUGAUGUGGCCACGUGGGUAUGCGCGCGCGCGCGCGCGCGUGUGUGUGUGUGUGUGUGAAGACAAAUGUAGUGGAUUUAGAAUGAUUUAAACACGUGAUCAGAGAACAGCUUUCAUUUUUUUUCUCAUGGAGACAGAUUUUUCAUAGAAUCAAAUCUCUUUGCAUUUUUACUGCUUACCUUAACUUAUGAGUAAAAAGACAGAAAGCCCUUAUUCACAGUGUUUACAAUCAUUCCAAACCCUGCCUUCAGAAGCCAUCGAUCCUGGUAUGAUGUGCAUAACCCUACAAAUAAAAAAAAACCCUGGCAUCACGUUUCUAAAGGUCGUUCACAAGCCAAAUCUUUAAUGUGCAUGUGGAAAACGCUUCUCCCGGACAUGUUGUUAACUUCUGACGAUUAAACCAAAACUUGAUUUUU